AGAGGAACUUGAAAAAUUUAUACAGAAAGGUGUUUUGAGUAAGUGAUGGAUGGUGCGUAUGGGAACAAUUAAAAUUUGUGCAUUUUAAGAGUUUAAACGUUUAAAUAUUUGUGAACUUUGACGUCAAAUUGUAAUUUAUGGAUACUACGGGUUUUAAGUAUAGAAUUAGAAAAGUAGUUCCUGUUGUAAGCAAAAAGGAUCCUAUUUGUUCCAAUAUUAUUCCACUUUUGGAAAAAAAAGCAAAUACAUUUGGUAGAAUUAUGUCUGAUGAAGUCAAUAUUCGAUUACUAUCAAAGGUGACUCCAUUAAUGAUUUCUAGAAAACAUGCAACAAUAACUUGCGAUGAAGGAAGAGUUACUAUUGUUGAUCAUCAUAGCAUAAACGGUGUUUACAUCAAUGGUAGAAGAAUUAAACCAGAAGAACCACAAGAGUUGCAUGUGGGUGAGAAAAUUGGAUUUGGAUGUGCAAUGGGAAAUUUACCAUGUGAAUUUGAAUAUAUUCUUGAACAAUUAAAGCCUGUAUCAAAACAGCAUUUAUGUAGCUCAUUAGUUAAAGAAGAUUAUUCUCCCACAAAACGUCACAAAAAAAUAGAUUCAUCUUCAUUAACAGUUAUAGAAGCAAAUGCUUCUCAAAUAAAAGAACAUGAAAAUAAAAUAAAAUAUUUAUCAGACGAACUACGUUCUAAGGAGGAAAAACAAGAUGUUUUAAAAAAUAAACUUGAGGUUACUCAAAAAUGCAUAAUUGAAAGUCUAGAAAUUCAAAAAUUUGAAUUAGAAGCUGAAAUGCUAAAGGGAGAAAGUCAUUUAAAAGAACUUUUGGAACACCAGUUAAAAGAAAAAGAAGCAUUAUUACGAGCUGAGUUUGAUCAGCACAUUUGUUUGCUUGAAUAUGAAAAGAAAAAAGUUGAAAAAAAUUUACAAGAUGAGUUAAGUAAUAAGUUAAGUGAAAAAGAUGAAGUUUAUAAACUAGAAUUAGAGCAACAAAAAAUUGCUUUAGAAAAUGCCAUGAUUCAUAAAGAAAAUGAAAAGAACAGUCUAAUUGCUCAACUGCAAGUUAAAGAAUGUCUUCUAGAAAAGUACAAGUCUGUUGAGGAAAAUCAAAAACAGUUAGAAUUAUGUCUCAGUGAGUUGCGAAAGCAGAUAGAAGAAAAAGAAAGCCAACUUAUUAGACAAAAAGAAAUAUCAAGACAAGCAGAGUGUGACGCAAAACAAACUGUAAUUCAAAUAAUGGAAGAUGAGUUUACUUGUAUUAUAUGCCAAGAGUUAUUUAUUGGAGCAACUACAUUGUCAUGUGCGCACACUUUUUGUGAACUAUGUCUUAUGAUGUGGAUGAAAAAAAAAAAAAGCUGUCCUGUAUGUCGUCGUAAAAUUAAAGGAAAAGCUGUACAUUCUGUUGUGUUAGAUAGCGCUGUUGAAAAAAUGGUUGAAGCUAUGGAUGAGGAUACAUUAAAGAGAAGAGCUGAACUAAAGCAAGAACGUGAUGAGUUGAAACGGAGGGAUAUUGCUGUCGAAGGACCUGAUGGAAUUCGUUCGUGGAUUCACUCACCAGAUGAUUCCGACGAAAGUGACGAGAUAAUAAAUAGAAACGUUCGAGUUAUGCCAAAUAAUAACCGGCACCGUCAACGUUCAAGAUCUCGCACUCCCAGAAAUCAUCGCAACAGACCAUACUACGAUAAUAGACCAAAUCCAUAUAACGGGACACGUCAAAUCGGCGAAAACAACUUCACGUUUCACAAUCAAUAUGUCCGGUCAGAUCAAGUUUACCAGCCGCGAUUUCAAUCAAGAGUUAACGGUUACUAUCAACAACCAGGCAAUUUCAAUCAUGAAAUUAAUUAUCAAUUUUUCAAUAAUCUUCGUUGUUUUCAUUGUGGAGAUCUCGGCCAUCUAGAUCGUUUCUGCCCAAGAAGAUAACAAAGUAAUUUAAUGUAUAUUUGUAAAUAACAAGUGAAAUCUUAUUUUCAUAAAUAAUAUUCUUCGCUUUCUUUUUUUAA